CUUUGCUCAACUAUUCCCGUCGAGUACCUCUAAUACCGUCACAAUGUCCAACGUUUUCUUCGAUAUCACCGCCAACGGCGAGCCUCUAGGCCGCGUCGAGUUCAAGCUCUUCGACGAUGUCGUUCCCAAGACCGCUCGCAACUUCCGUGAGCUCGCGACCGGUCAGCACGGCUUCGGCUACAAGGGCUCUCCCUUCCACCGUGUCAUUCCCCAGUUCAUGCUCCAGGGUGGUGACUUCACCCGCCAGAACGGCACUGGCGGCAAGUCCAUCUACGGUGAGAAGUUCGAGGACGAGAACUUCACACUCAAGCACGACAGGCCUUACCUCCUCUCCAUGGCCAACGCCGGCCGCAACACCAACGGCUCUCAGUUCUUCAUCACGACCGUCAAGACUUCAUGGCUCGACGGUGCCCACGUCGUCUUCGGCGAGGUUGUUAAGGGCCAGGAGGUCGUCGAUGCUGUUGAGAAGCUCGGCUCCCAGAGCGGUGCCACCAAGAAGAAGGUCGUCAUCUCUAACAGCGGUACCCUCUAAGCGGAUCGUGGAGGAACUGAAAUCAUCUGAGAAAUGAAAUGAGCUUCUGCGGGCCGGUAUCUUACUGGAGCCCUUGCACAUUGCCC